UCUACGCGAUCGCAAAAAUUGACAGGAGUGCUAUCUUAGGGAUGAUAUCCGCCUAUCAGUUAGCGGUUCCCUCAAUCGCUUUCUGAAUCUAAUUAGUGGAUCACUGGGAGGAAUUGGGACACUCCAUUUGAAGAGUAAUCGAAAAUCUGGUGUCUUGUGUGUCGAAGUUGUUGUGGCCAAUUAAACCGAUCCAUAGAUAUCGCUAGCUUAGUUAGCGCGUUUAUCCGGAGGGAACGCUUUUAAAGCGAGACUGCUGAACCGCUGUAAUGAAUAUUAUAAGAAACAGAUGAUCAAACGCUGUUCACGUCCCGAGACAAUCGAUCAAGUCGAAAUUUCGGCUGCUUCACGUUAUUUAUGCUCUUUUUUUUUUUUUUUUUACCGCGUAGCGACAUUCAGCGGGCUUGACAGGUCUGUGCUUCAAUUAAAUAUUUUUCAAUCCCCUCCCCUUGCAUCACUGUUUAUUUAGAUGCAAAAUACGAGGGCUGCGACAGACAAUAAUAUAUUAUAUUACGACAUAUAUUACGAUCCUUUUAAAGCUGUUACUUUGUUUAUUUUUACAUUUGUUUACAAACGGACACAUCUUAUUAGGCUGCCUCGACGGGCAUCAUGAAAUCCGGACUUUUAAUUAUUUAAAAAGCUGGCGGUCUGUCAGAAAAUAAGCUGGUUUCUGCAGCGUUUCGGACGCCCAUUGCUUUUUGCUUUGAGUGGCGCGAGCGUCAGCGCGAGGUCAUGCGUGCCGCUGCUGAGCAGCUGUCAAUCACAAUUGCUCGCGAGAGAUCGCAUUGAAGCGGCUUGUUACAUUGUUUUACGGUACCACAACACUUUCUGCAGUAUUUCACAACAGAGACGGUCGACUUGCCGCUAUCGCUUGGAGCGUAUCGUAGUAGUAGGUGGAGGGAAGGCGGAUUGACUGGCCAAACCCGCCAUGCCCGGUCCGGUGAGCAGCAAAGCACGGGUGUAUGCUGAUGCCAACACUGUGAAGAGCAAGGAGUACUGGGACUAUGAAGCACAUGUGCCUAGCUGGAGCAACCAGGAUGACUACCAGCUUGUACGAAAGCUCGGAAGAGGCAAAUACAGUGAAGUGUUUGAGGCCAUCAACAUUAACAGCAACGACAGAGUAGUUGUUAAAAUCCUGAAGCCUGUUAAGAAGAAGAAGAUUAAGCGUGAGAUCAAAAUUUUGGAGAACUUAAGAGGAGGAACCAACAUCAUUCGUCUUGUAGACACAGUGAAGGACCCUGUGUCUAGAACGCCAGCCCUUGUGUUUGAGUACAUCAAUAACACCGAUUUCAAGGAUCUGUAUCAGAGACUAACAGACUUUGAUAUCCGGUUCUACUUGUAUGAACUUCUCAAGGCACUGGACUACUCUCACAGCAUGGGCAUCAUGCAUCGGGAUGUCAAACCUCAUAAUGUCAUGAUAGACCACCAGAUGAGAAAGUUGCGGCUUAUAGAUUGGGGUCUUGCUGAGUUCUACCAUCCAGCACAGGAAUACAACGUAAGAGUCGCCUCAAGAUCAUAUAAGGGACCAGAGCUGCUGGUUGACUAUCAGAUGUAUGACUACAGUUUGGACAUGUGGAGCUUAGGCUGUAUGUUAGCCAGUAUGAUCUUCCAGAAAGAGCCAUUUUUCCAUGGUCAAGACAACUAUGACCAGUUGGUCAGAAUUGCCAAGGUUCUUGGAACAGAAGAGCUAUUCAGCUACCUGAACAAGUAUCACAUUGAGCUGGACACACGUUUCAAAGAUCUGCUUGGCCAGCAGACACGUAAGCGCUGGGAGAACUUUGUUCAGCCAGAGAAUCAGCACUUGGUGAGCCCAGAAGCUCUGGAUUUGCUGGAUAAACUCCUGCGUUACGAUCAUCAACAGAGACUGACUGCCCAAGAGGCCACGGAACACCCCUACUUUUAUCCUGUGCUGAAGGGACAGCCUCUGUCAAACUCAGAAGGCGCUCUGGCAAUAAGCAGCUCAACCACAACAUGAUGGGCUAAAAGCAGGAAAACCUUUUUACCUCAACAUGUCGUGCAGAGACAUGCUGCCUUUCAGGUGUGAAGCUUCAGUUUACUGGAGCAAGAAGUUAUUAAGCAACACAAGACUUGUACAGAAUGAACACAAUGGGCUGUAGUCCCUCUCCUACAUUCACUUUGUAUUAGUGCUGCUUGCCAUCGUUAUCUAGGUACCAAACCGGUGUUUUUCCCCCCAUCUCCCCCCUUUUGAGUUGGACAUCUCCAUUUCAUUUUUGGAACGACACUGAAUUAAGCUAUGAUAUUAUGGCUGGGAAAGAAUGCCUGCUCUUUCCCCAUGAUUCUCAGGCUGUUGAUGACUGAUGGGGGCUCCCGAUCCUGGUUGCAUUAUGUACUGGAAGAUUGUGUUGUUCAGUGACUUGCCCUGCUGAUAUGAGCUCAGAUUAUAAACUAUAGUAUUGUCAGGUAUGGAGGCUUUACUGCAAUUUAUUGAAAGUAAGAUAUAUUAAAUGAAACUGUUUUUAA